AUGGCCCCCGGGCAGGGCGGCAAAAGGAAGCGCGGUGAGCGCUCCUGGUCGGGCGACUCGGCGAGCAACGAAGCGCUGCGACCCUCUCCUCAUCGCCCCGGGACGCUCAACAUGGCCCAACAUCCCUCCCACCCGGGGCAUCACCCCAGCCCUCAACGAGACCAAAAUGAGGCGCGCGACAGAUUUCGUCGGCAGUCCGGCAACCAAGGCGGCGGUCGCGGCAGUUCCGGCCGAGGCUCCUUUGAAGGUCAAAAUUUUUCAAGUUCACAGCAGAGAGACUCCGGCGCAAUGUCUCCCCCUCCUCGCGCACAGUCCAGGGACGGACCUGAGGCUACCCAGAAAGGUGGCGAAUCCACAGCUCCCCAAACGACACAAUCUCCAGCUCCCAUCACCCCUGCUCCACAGCCGCAGCUGCAAGUUGCAUCUAGGGCUGGCUCCGAGGCGAGUACUGCCCGCCCUUCGGCCCCUCCUCUUCCCUACGACUAUGAAUUUGUCACGGAUCACGCUGUUCAAGAAUGGUUCUCGGCCGGAAAGCAAAACGUUGUAAAGGAAGGAACUGCGGCUCGAUUGGACCAAGAUCUCACCCGUUUGGCCUCCGUCUAUCAAGAACUCAUUCGGUCCGCAAUUUACGGCCGACUGUCUCCUUCGGAGGCUGGAAGCGCUGUGAAGGAGAUCAUUGGUGAAGAAGCUACGUCUCGAGAUGCGCAAAAUCAUUCAACCUUGGACUUCGACUCCUCCUCAUUGUUCCUCGACACUCUUUCAAUCCUUAUGGAUGCCGACACCUCAAACCCUGCUCUCAAACCACUCGUCUUUGCGACCGCCAUCUCCCCAGAACUCAUGCGGCUACAACUUGAUACGCCCCUGUUGCAGUCCUUGGGACUAGUUCGUGACACUUUCGCGCGCAUGGGCAUUCGAAAGCAAACCAAUUUGCUGUACCGACAGUCCAACUACAACCUUCUCAGAGAAGAAUCUGAAGGAUACUCAAAGCUUCUGACGGAGCUGUUCACCACGAGCAGCAACGAACCUCCAUCAAGUGAGGUAGUCGAAGAUACUUUCGAACGGGUCAAGGCCAUGAUUGGCGCAUUCGACAUGGAUGUUGGGCGAGUGCUGGAUGUGACGCUGGAUGUGUUUGCUGCAGUGCUUGUCAAGCAGUACCGCUUCUUUGUGAAACUGCUACGCGCGAGCUCCUGGUGGCCCAAGGAGGAACUCUUCCACAACCUGGAGGGAAUCUCACGGGCAUCGGGAUUGCCACAGUGGGCACUUCCCGGGUCUGGUGGCUGGAAUACCACCGAAGAAGAGCGAGCUAUCAUUCUACAGUCAAAUGAGCAGCGUGACCGAGAGUUCUGGGACCGAGUGCGUCAAAUUGGCAUUCAGGCUUUCUUCGAAAUUGGCCGCAAACCUCUCUCGGAAGAGGAAAAGAAAAAGGCCUUUCCAGAAACCAACCACCUCUCCGAAGAACAGGAGGCCACACGAGCGUGGGUCGAAGAGACUGGAACUAUGCCACCCAAGGGCAACCGGGUUGCCGCGCAGCUGCUUGGUUUCAAGCUACGAUUUUACUCUUCUUCGGCUCGAGCUAAGUCUGACACCUUGCCUGAUAACCUCAUCUACCUAGCCGCCUUGCUGAUCAAGGUUGGCUUCAUUUCCCUACGUGACCUCUACGCCCACCUGUGGAGACCUGACGAUACAAUGGACGUUCUCAAGGAGGAGAAAAUGACAGAGAAGGCAGAGCGAGAGAAGGCCGCGCGACCCGGCGGCGGUGUCAAUGCUUUGAUGCUAGCCGGUGCUUUGUCUGACGACACCCUUCCGCCUCCCUCUCGUCUUCGCGAGCCUGAGUCUCGUGUGGCAACUCCAGCUCGAGACCAGGAUGCCGACAAGCAACCAACUGCUAAACCUGAAGAUGCUUUGCCAGACCCUUCAGACCAGAAGGUCCUGCUCCUAAAGAGCCUACUCGCCAUUGGCGCAAUCCCCGAGUCCCUGUUUGUCAUGAGCAGAUUCCCUUGGUUAAUGGAUGCCUACCCCGAACUCCCCGACUUCAUUCACCGCAUCCUCCACUACUCUCUGAGUAAGGUGUACAGCCCGCUUCAACCUUUGGCCUCCAUGGAGGAUAUCCCUGGCAACCAGCAAAUCCUGAGCCCCGAUCAGUCCGGAGUCGCUAAGGGCCAGCUUCGCCUGACCGACGCACUCCCAAGACGCGUCCUGCGUUGGGCUCAGCUUGACACGGAAGACACGAACGAGGGUAUUGCUUACCGCUAUUACUGGGAUGACUGGGCAGAUAACAUUCCAGUCUGUCAGUCGGUUGACGACGUGUUCGCUUUGUGCUCUUCUUUCCUCAACCUUUCAGGCCACAAGAUCGGCCAAGACGCGAGCCUCCUCUCAAAGCUUGCCCGCAUCGGUACAGAUAGUCUUUCAAAGGACGACUCAGAAGCCAACAAGACUCGCUGGCGAGACCUCUGCAAACGCCUUCUCUUGCCUGCAGUCAGCUUGACCAAGGCCAACCCUGGUGUGGUCAAUGAAGUGUUCAAUCUGGUCAGUUUGUUCCCCCGUGAGGUUCGGUACAACAUGUAUGCCGAGUGGUACUCCGGGCAAACCUCCAGACUUCCCGACAUCCAGUCUGCUUUCAAACAGGCGACAGCGGAGACGAAGGACGUCCUCAAGCGUCUCAGCAAGACCAACAUUCGACCGAUGGCUCGUGCUCUGGCUAAGAUUGCCUACGCAAAUCCCGGUAUCGUCAUCAAUGUCGCCAUGAGUCAGAUCGAGUCGUAUGAAAAUCUCAUUGAAGUGGUCGUGGAGUGCGCUCGCUAUUUCACGAACCUGGGCUACGAUAUUCUCACUUGGUCCCUUAUCAACUCGCUUGGACAAAAAGGAAGAAGCCGCGUGCAAGAGGGUGGUCUUCUUACCAGCAAAUGGUUGAAUGCCCUGUCCACUUUUGCUGGCCGAACUUUCAAGCGUUAUUCCGUCAUGGAUCCAGCACCUUUGUUGCAGUACGUCGUUGAGCAGCUGCGCCACAACAACUCGACCGACCUCAUCGUGCUCGAGCAGAUGAUCAGCUCCAUGGCUGGUAUCAUCACAGACACAAACUUCAAUGAUGCCCAAAUUCAGGCUAUGGCAGGUGGCGAGGUACUCCAGGCUCAGACUAUUCUCCAGCUCUUGGACAAGCGCCACGAGUCGAAGACCACAUCCAAGCGGCUGCUGAAAUCAUUGACGCAUACUCGCCUCGCGGGUCAGCUGCUGGUUGCGAUUGCUCAGGAACGAAUGACUUGUGUUUUCAACGAGUCCUCUUCGGAGCUUAAACUUCUCGGCAAUAUCUUUGACGAGAUCCACCGCAUCCUCACUCAGUAUCUCGACCUUUUGCGGAGCAAUCUGUCGAUUGAUGAGUUCGACUCGUUCGUGCCCGACUUUGCCUCCUUGGUCAAGGAAUUUGGCAUUCAACCGGAGAUCGCAUUCUGGAUUAGACGUCCUAGCGUUUCGAAGAAGAUUGCCGAGAGCGAGCUUUCAAAACAAAAGUCUGAAGCCCCGUCUACGAAGGGGGGUGCUGACAACGGAACCACCGGCGCCCAGUCCAACGAUGACAACAAAAUGGACAUCGACGAGGGUGAAGUGCCAGCCGAGACUACAGACGAGACUGCGAUGGAUGUCGACAAAACAGAGCAGUCCGCUACUGCGUCUCCAACUGUCGCCACCCCUGGCCCCUUGGCUGCUAACCCCGUCAUGCAGGAUCUGAUCGAGACCAUCAUAUCUUCGCUGCCUGCUGAGACGUGGGAGAGUGUGGGUGCGCAUUUCUAUGCCACAUUCUGGCAGCUAUCUCUCUAUGAUGUCCACGUUCCCGAAAAAUACUACGAUGAAGAGAGGCGCCGACUGCAAAGACGUGUCACAGCACUGAACAAUGACCGAUCUGAUCUCAGCAUGGUCGGUAUGCAACGAAAGGACCAAACGAGAAGAAGUCUCAACCAAAUUCAGGAUCAGUUGCUGUCAGAGUUGAAAGCUCACACUCAAGCAUAUGCCCAAACUCGCGGCAGACUGCAGAAGGAAAAGGAGCGGUGGUUCGCUCAUAUGCGACUGAAGUACGACCCCUUAAACGUUGCUCUUCUGGAGCAAUGUUUCAUUCCUCGGCUCCUCCUCUCCCCACUUGACGCUUUCUUCUCCUUCAAGAUGCUCAAGUUCCUCCACAACUCGGGAACCCCCAAUUUCCGGACUAUGGGCUUGCUGGAUCAACUCUUCCGUGAACACCGACUCGUCUCCCUCAUCUUCCUUUGCACCUCGAAGGAAGCAGAUAACCUGGGACAAUUUCUCGGCAAGGUUCUGGGUGACUUGAGCGAGUGGCAUGCCGACCAAGCUGUCUACGAGAAGGAGGCAUUCGGAUCCAAGAGAGAUCUGCCUGGGUUUGCCAAGAAGCUUGACCCUGAAGGAGUCCCGGUUGUCUUCCUCGACUAUGAGGACUUCCGACGCCUUCUUUACAAGUGGCACCGACUGGUCAACAACGCACUUCAGACAUGUCUGAAGGGAGGCGAGUACAUGCACAUUCGCAACGCCAUCAGUAUCCUCAAGGCGAUUGUUCCAUCCUUCCCUGCUGUUAACUGGAUGGGUACACAGCUGCUGGAGACUGUCAAUCUCCUCAGCAAGAACGACGAGCGAGACGAUGUCAAGAUCCCUGCUGCUUCCCUCAUCGGUGAUUUCAACCGACGAUCCAAGAAGUGGAUGCUUCCGCAACAGUUCUACCUCAACAAUAGCAAUGUCCCCGAUGCCGGACAAGAAAAGGCUGGCUCCCAGCCCCCAGUAGACCGAGCGACCAGGGCUGAUCUCUCACGGCCUCAAUCUGCCACGCCUACGGCUUUGAGUGCUUCCGCUCCGGAAUUCAAGCCCGGGACCCAAGAUCCUGCGAUUGUCUCGAAGCAUGAAGCAUCGAGCAAAGCCGAAGUUGAGGAUGGUGAAAUUGAAGAUGCCAAGAUGACUGAUGCUGGAUCGGUGAGGGGAGUUGAUGACGCGAAGUCUGCGGCGCCUCGGAAUAUGCCGACACCGACAGGCACUGAUACCACUUCUACCGCCAUGGACACCAGUGCGGAUGGUGAUCGUCUGCAACCUUCUACUCUCGACCAACGUGGCCAAAGGGAAUCAUCGCGAUCAAGACUUGGCCCUCGGGCUCCGGAUAUCCCGAAGCGACCAGACGUUGAGCGACCUCCCGCCAUUAACCCACGACAACAGGCUCGUCUACCACGGCACACUGCUGCGGAUAAUAGACUACCUCCUCGCCCCGACUUGAUGGAUAACCGACGGGAUAGACAUCCAGAUUUCAAUCCUCGUACUCGCCAUGGCGCUCCCGAGCACAUACGAUUCGAUGGCCCUGAGGUCGACAAUCGAGGCCAUGGGCGCAUGCCUGAUCGGGACCGUGACUUCCCGAUGAGACCUCCUCUCGAUGAACCAAUGCGCGGUCCACCUUAUCGUGAGGGUGGUAGGCUUCCACGAGAUGCCGACUGGCCCGGUGACCGUUCGGGACGUCCCCGCCAUGACUCCUUCCAUGGUCGCGAUGGCCCGCCUCGCGGUGACCUUAUGGCUGAUUUCCCUGAACGGCAACCAGAUAACCCUCGCCGUGGGGAACCACCGCUGCGCGCUGAAAAGGAUGACCGUCGUCCAUACCCACCACGUGGUCCAUCUCCUCCCAGGGUCGACUUGCCCAAUCGUCCAGAGCGAUUCCCAGACGACCGACGAACUGCCAGCUUCAACCAGCCUGGAUUGAUCCCGGGUGAGAUUCCACGAGGACCCCGUGCUGGUGGUCAUGACCCGAUGGGCCCUGAUAUGAAUCAUGGGCGCUUGCGACAACCUGAUCAGUCACCGGACAUUCCAUCUGGUCCUCGGCAAAGGAAUCGCGGUCGUAAUGUCUCCGCGCAGCAACCUGCCCCAAGCCCAAGUAACGGCAAAGCACCUACUCCUGAACGACAAAUCCCAUCGGGUCCCAGUCGUGCUGGUGGACGUGGCGGACCUGAACAACCUCCCUCUACGCCGGCUGCCUCUGGAGAGCGUCUUGACACCACUGGAAUUCACCCCGAUCGACUCAACAACAUCGUCGAUUCUACUCCGCAAGCACCCUCACCAGUGAUGACACCCCAGUCGGGUCCUCGUGGUGGACAGGGCCAGCAGCAAGGUCCUCGUGGUCCUGGUGGAGAGCGUGGACGUGGUGAUAAGCGAUUUGCUGGCAUCAACAACAUGCUUCAGCAGACUAACGGCCCUGCUGAACGCGGCAAUGUGACUCCGCCAGUUCGUGGACGGGGUGCAAACCGACAGUCGACUGCCUCAAAUACGGGGUCUCCUCGUCCGCCCACCGGGCCUGCCGCUGCUGAAGAUGAUGGCCAACCUCGCAACCGACCUGAUGGUCGUGGUGAUCUGCUCGACGAUGCUACUACACCUGACAAUCGCCGAGCCGGUCGAGGCAGUGAUCGCGACAAGAAUCGUGACCAGAAUCGUGACCGUGGUCGUCGCGGUGGAGGCGGUGCCGGCGGUGCCGAAGAUGACGCAGGCAGUGCUGGCCGACGCGAAGAACGCCGUGAUCGAGGUAGAGACUCUGAUCGUGAACGCACUCGCAGAAGCGAUGUUGGCGCCGCUGGUUCUGGCCGCGAGGAGAAGGACAGAGACCGUGAACGCCAUGCUGAUCGGCGAAACACUGGCUCUCGAGAGGAGAUGCGCCGGCGGGACCGACACAGUCGCGAGGACGGGCCUCCAGAAAUGGGUGGUGCUCCUCCCAACAGCGGCAACGCCAACGAGAACGACGCCCGCCCCCGUCCAUCGUCCUCAAUGGGCGCACCACCCCCUCCCCCGCCACCCCCUCCACCUCCCCUUCCGAAUGAUGAGAACUCUCGUCGUUGGGGGCAAGGCGGCAACCGUCCCGAGAACCGGGACCGGGACCGGGAGCGCCGUGACCGCGGGCGCGAGCGUGAUGGCCAUCACCGUGAGAGCGGUGGUGGCUCCACGCAUCGCAAGCGUGGCCGGCCCAACAACCCCGAGGAGAAUCCCGGGGGGAAGCGAACGCUCGGGGACGAAUGGGCGGCGAGAACAAGCGCCUCCGCCGUGGGCAAUGAGUCCACACAUUAG